CCCACGUCGCUGCUGCGUCCCCGGCCCAGGAGCUCGAGUGCGAACAACCUGUAUGCCUAUACCAUACCAAACUCGGAGUAUGGAGUAUGGAGGCGUAGUGAGAAGGAAAGGGGCAGGAGGCAUCGAGAGACGAGUUUCAUUCAACAAUCGGCAUUCCCUCGUGGGACGUCGAUGCGCGAGGAGCACGGAGAGACGUUUUGCUUCAGAAAUCGUUCGAACUAUUUUUCCACGAUCUAAUAACAAAAUUAACUGCACUCGUAUUAUAAUUGUUCCUUUGCGAAUAUCCCUGAUGAACAAUAAUAAUAAAUUAAUUAUUAUUCGCACUUAAAUUAAUGCCAGCAAUCGUCGUUAAAAAUUUUGGUUUACCAAUUUUCGAAAAGUAAAAACGUACAAUAACAUCGAAAAAAUUUUUGAGACGAAAUACAUGCGUAAAUUUAAACGCCGAUUUAAAUUUUCAUCGCCAAAGGAAUAAACCUCCCUCCCCUAAAAAGGAUUGCGGAGUUCCUGAAAUUUUUUAUUUUUGUUUGUCAACAAAAUCACGAAUAAGAACAAAUGUGACGAAGUUGGUUAAUAUCCCGAAGGAAUUAUUCGACCGCGCCUCAACACGCUGACCGUUUUAGUGGCGCCUCGUGGAGCAGAGCUUAAAUAAAAAGUGAAGUGGCGAAGAAGGCACGACGUAAGAGGCGCUAAAACAAGGGUUGCUCGCCCCUCCCCGUGCUCCUCUUUCUUCGUCCAAUCGUGCCGUGCCUCCUCGUUCCGUGUGUUGUCCGCUUCGACGCAUUUUAUUUUUCAUGACACGCCGGGGAAUCGCGAAGAGCGCAGUGGCUAACAGGACAGUUAGGUCCGCGCAAGCACAGUCGCUCCCACGUGGUCGGUGAGCACGGCUACGAAAAACAUUCGGAAUCUCAUUCCCGCGACAAAUACAAACAUUCAUUUGACUCUCCGUGUGUGCACAGUUUAUUUAUUUUUUCGAGUGUUUUCUCUCCCGACCAAUUCAAAGGUCGAUUUCUUUGAACUUUACGGUACUUCAAAACUUAUUGUGUUGUUUUCGUUACAAUUAUUGAGUGCUCUGUUCGGAACAAUGGAAAAGUGUCAAUCGAUUAAAAUGAAGUGGAUCUUUCUCAUCGUUGCGUUUAUCGCCGCCAACAUCGACUGUCAAAACGUCUCAGCCGACUCCGCAGAUUCGCUUCCUGCCUACGACCCACAGUUCAUGGACCGAUGUUACUUCCCGGCCGAAUUCCAGGGCGAGUUUCUCAUGCAGGUGAGCGGAAGAGGCGCCCGGGGAUCCACCAAUACCGGCGAACCGAUCCAGUACUCCUCUGUCAACAUCACUUACGACUCCAUACCGGUCUGGGGAUACUGCCACAAACGCGUCGGCGACAAUGUUCUCCUCGUCGACAAAUACGCCGACGGUGAAUGCAUAAGGUGCUUCCGGCUGAAACGAAGAUCACGCAACAUAAUCGAGGUAUUCUCGGAAAAUCUUAACAGGUGUUACACUUACGAAUCUGCCGCUCUCAACUCCUGCAACACUCUCAACUCCACGUCGAUUCUUUAUCGUACGAAAGAAAUCGGUGGAAUUCCAAUCAGAAACGAAUUCUGUCCGAUCGCAGGUCGCUAUCACUACAAGUACAACAUAAACGACGGUUCCGAGGACAACAUCGAGUGCAACACGUUUUCAUCGGACUUCGACAACUGUCCGGACGGUUCGAUACUUCGGCUCCAGUUCAAGAGAUGCUCGUUCGAGAGUCAUGGUAGGCUGGAUUUUGCGAGUGAUAAUCGAGAUGAUGGGAAGGAUAGAGCGAGGAUGUCGCCGGAUAUGAACAUCACGUUCAAUUGCCUGGGAAGCUGGCCCGGUGGACCCGACGGCUCGAGAUACGUCGCCCUCCUCGAUACCCGAGUAGGAGGCGAACGCAGACCCCAAUACCGCUGCGGCCUCUAUCAUACCGACAUAAAAAAAGGCAAAACCUACUUAUCCUUCAGCAGCGACUCGAGCUGUACCCAGAAUCUUGAAAACUCAACGAGUGGCUACGAAACCCUCAUACUGAGCAAAGCUACAAAUCAGAAAAGAACCCCAAAUUACGUCAAGACUCACGUGGCAUCGUACCCGAAGUGGGCGCAGGGCGAGUGGGAAGAAUCUCUCAUCGUCAACGGCACGAUGACGUUCAACGAUCUCAAUGGAUAUCACAGUUACACUUUCAUUACAGUCGAUUCGAAUGACGAAACCGGACGGUUCAUAGUUUACUCGAAGGAUCAUUGUGAACAAGAAGCCUACGCUUGUCUGAUGAUGAGGCAAAGGAGCGAGAAUGUUCUAGAAUUCAAAAUUGGAACUGUAUCAAGCCCAGUUUACCAAACGGACUUGUGCGACGAUCAGAAUUUGGACAAAGCGGACUGGAUGACACAAGCUCGUCUCGAAAGAUUGGUCGAAUCGCCCUGUCCGAUAACUGGCAAAUACAUGGGAAGGAUAACCGAUUUGCCAGGAACUUGUGCAGAGUUGAGCAGCAAUUGCAAUACUCGAGAAAUCAUGUACUACAAAGUGACCGACUGUGAAUCCGGAGAACUCUACGAAGAACGAACCUACUUGUGUCUCGGUCAGUGGGAAGAAAAUGGCGUUAUGUACACUUACACGAUGCGAAACGACACUGGCACCAACGAAUGUUUCGUCGGUCUCAUUGUGAACGACGAAGAGAUUUACAUCAAAGAGGCUGGUGAUCAUUGUCUCAGGAACAUCGAUCCCCAGAAGGAAGGCAUGCGCCUGUACAAGAAAGGCCAAUGCUAUGGAAACUCACCGAGUCCGGCACCAACUCCGAUAAAGCCUCAAAUACCGCACGAUCCGAUAAUGAGAAUUACGUCAACGCCUCGAACUCGACCGGGAGCUGGACCAAAGAAAACUCCACCGGGUCACUCGUCGGCGUCGUCACUAUCGAGGACGCGAACAAACGAAAUUGCGUUGCUCCUCACAAUCGUUGUUGCCUUCGUGAAGUCAAUCGUCCACCAAAAUUUCGUUUAGCGAACGCCAUUUGAAGUAAAACAACGAGAAACUUCAAAUUUUUAAUGAAGAUGGGCGACACAUAUUUAUAUUUUGAUAUACCCAAGGCGAUCGAUCAAUAUUAUACUCGCGAAGCGUGUUUAACGAGAUCGCGAAGUGGCAUUGUAGAAAUUGUAGAAACUUAAUAUUAUUAUUAUUAUUCGUAUUCCUAUUUUAAAAUACCGAUUUAUGGAGAAAAAACUCGAGAAUAUCAUGAAAUAAGCUUUCGAAAAAAAACGGAAGUUUCGAGGAAAACGAUUUUUAUACGAGUCACAAGUCAUUAAUAUUUAUUUUACAUAGCAAUAUUAAUAAGAAUCGAGAUAGAAAUAUUUUUCAACGACGAACUGCCGGAUCGUGAGAGAGACGAGAAAAAAAAUCGACAUACUUUUUUAAUAACCUUGAACACUGAAUCUACACGAGUUUCACCUCGCAACUGCCUUGUAAGAUAAGAGUUCAAUGUUGUAUUUAUAUCGUGAGCGUAUUUUGUCAUUUGCGUUGUUUUUUUCGAAUUUUCAUAUCGUGUGGGACUGCAACGAAAGUUUUUGUAGUACUGGAUCUGUCAAAAUUUGUUAGUCGCUUCACCAUUCGCCGAAUGGUUAAAUUCGAGACUCAAAAACAAUACGAAUGAGAAAUCUGAGGCAUUGUUUUGGGAAACUGAUAAAACAUUUUAUUUCAUAUUCAUUCAAUCUGGAAGAAAAUUUUUCGUUGCAAUCCGAUUAUGUGAUUAUCAAUUUAACGAAUUCGAUAGUUUGUUCAAUUUCCACGUAUUUUUAAAUGUUCGUCCGGUGUCGUGUAUAAUCGAGAUAUAAAUUCAGGGACGUUUUCAUACGUGCUGGUGUUUUUGCUUUCGUUUCUUUGCCUAACGAAGGAACGGGUCGUACAAGGAUAUCGUUGUAGAAUAUCCAUGCAAAGGAAGAAUGUACAGAGCUUAAGAAUGGCUAAGCGCGAACACAGUGACAAAAUAAUUGCAACGAGCAGUGAACAGUUUUUUGUUCUUUUUCUUCACACGAAACAUUUUGACGAAAUGUUGAUUGAAUUUUUUGUCACUGUUCUUUUCGCUAGUCCGUGUGUAAAUACAUGUAAACUUGUUAUUUGUAUACAAUCUAUAGAUUUUAGAUAAACAUAUUGUGAUAUAGCCCCCUUGAUUUUCUGGUUCGCAGACGGAAUCAAUCGAGAGGCUUGUCAGGUGCAUUAUUUUUCCAUCUUAUUGUUGGAUAUCAGAUGCUAUGAUCAAUAAAUAUUCGUAUGAAGUGUUCUCUCGA